UUACAGCGACUGCCUGAAAGGCAACAUUGCCCGUGACGCCAUUGAGAGCGAGCGCAUAGUUGCUAUGGUGGAAAUUGUUAGUUGAAGCCUAGACAGUGUUUACUAACGAGAAAACUCAACAGUUAUAACACGUUCUUACUUCAAACUGAAGUAUGUGUUUAGUCUAGACUACGUGCGUUUAUAAAAACGUCGUUUCGUAUUCACCUACGGCUGACACUUCUUGUUCAGCUUCUUUGUGUGUCGACAAUGGUUUGUUUUCCUCCGUCAUGAUCUCGGAUCGGAUCGUUUUAAAUGCAUGUUAGACUCGUAAUCACUCUUUUUUAAUCGACGGGGGUCUGUUCGGGGGGGAAAGAAGGGAAUAGACAGGAUUUCAACAUUUAGACAACAAGGACUUUGGAAAGGGAGAUGGGAAAUUGUCUAAAAUCUCCCACUUCGGAUGAUAUCUCCUUGCUUCACGAAUCGCAGUCGGACAGGGCCAGCUUCGGUGACGCCAACGAUCCGGAUCAGGAACCGCCACCUCCAUAUCAGGAGCAGAUCCAUGUGCCGGUUUACCACCCGACUCCCAGCCAGGCCCGGCUGGCGACCCAACUGACCGAGGAGGAGCAGGUGCGGAUCGCUCAAAGGAUCGGCCUCAUUCAGCACCUUCCCAGAGGUGUUUAUGAUCCAGGCAGCGAUGGCUCGGAGAAAAAGAUUCGAGAGUGUGUGAUCUGCAUGAUGGACUUUGUGUACGGUGACCCCAUCCGGUUCCUUCCCUGCAUGCACAUCUACCACCUGGACUGCAUAGAUGAUUGGCUGAUGAGGUCCUUUACGUGUCCAUCUUGUAUGGAGCCUGUAGAUGCUGCCUUGCUCUCGUCCUAUGAAACUAACUGACUACUGCCUGAUUUCCCAACAUCUUAUACACACAGCCCUUGAGUCCCGUUCUCACAUUUCCCCUUUGUACACGAAGACAAACUGUGGAAUGGUGUGCCUGUGGCAUUAUGGGAUAGAGGACCUAAGAGGCCACACUGAUCAUAAACCUCUCCUGUGUUGUCCUGCUGGACAGGUAGAACCGCAGGAGCCGACUUUAUUAUGGAAAUCCUUCAUAAAUGACACCCAGAUGAGCCGGUCACGCACCAUUCCACACUAGCAACACUUACAGUGGAAAGAGAUAAACCAUCAAGAAACAUACUGGAAAACAAACGACACGUCUUCAACAUUCAGUCGAUAUUUCUUUCUUUCCUAGUGUGUUUUUCAUAAAGGGCUCAUUUGUUUUUUUUGCUGAAAGCGCAGUGGAGCGGAACAGCAAAUGGCAUUGCACACAUAUAUACACGCAUACAUAUAUUCAAAGAGAGAAGAAGAAAAAAAAACUGUAAAUUUUGCACUUUCUGAUAUUAUCCCGGCUAUACACACAUGCACGCAGAAAUCAUCCCUUUAAAACUUUUAUUUAACAAUCUUAAGUUAGUUUUUGAGUUUGUAUGUUCGUCUUAAACUGCUUUAAAACUUCUGCCUGGAUUUUUUCAAUUGUUUUAUCAUCGUAAUCGUUUUAUUUCUAUAGUGGUUGUGAGCACCCAGCCUGAAUAGAGGGUUUGUUUGUCAGAAUCACAAGAGCACAGACAUUCUUACACCGAUUCCAAAUCAGACAAGGUCUUAUAAAAUGUGGCCAUUCACAUCUGAGUUUUUGAACGCUUGAUUUUAAUCAUGAUGGGUGGCACUACUCUAUUCUUAAAAUCGAAUUAGUCCAAAUUUGCUUCAUAAGUACGACAACAUAGCUAGCCAGUAACAGAAAUGAAAUGUAUCUUAUUGGCUUUUGAAGGCUUUUCUUUUCAUUCAAUGGAAAUUUGUCACAUCAUGCUUUAGGACACGGUAAGAAACGGCAAGAUGCAAGUCAGGGACUUUUUCUGCUAUUCUGCUAACACUAUUAUGGUAGAUUUACAUGAGGUUUCAAUUAGCACUAAAAAAAAAGCGCUAAAGUUGUUCAGUCAAGAUGCCUAAAGCAUUAACGGGUGUUGACCAAUUUUACUCUAAAGUAGUUCUCAAAGAACAUUCACACUUGUACUGCAUACAAAUGUUAAACAUCUGGUGUUGACUACUCUCAGGCAUCAGGUGAACUAAAAUGUUAUGUUUUUAAUUUUGUGAAUUGCUUCGACUUUCCUCUACAUAGUAGAUUGAAAAUCGCCACUGUUAGUUUAAUAACUCAAAGAAAAAAUGCAUUUAUAGGUAAAACACUGAAGUCAUCGAAAACCUGAAGGUCAUGAUGAGGUCAUCCAGAGUGUCACCCGUGACAUUAGUAUGACUAAUGCAAUAUAGGCCAUUUUGACACAUGAAAGUACACGUAUGAGUGUACUACUUUUUUUCCCAUUUAUUUAGUGUGUUUUUGCCCUUGUGUAUUUUAUUAUUUCAACCAUACAUUUUAUUGUUUUAAAUUUUAUUUCCGAAUACCUGAUUUUUGUUUCUUUUUGUUUAUUGUGUGAAAAAAGCAUACACCUCUAGUUCACAGCGAAAUAAAUUGACCACAGGUAGACCUGCUGGCAUUAAGAUGAUCACACCAAAUUUAUUAUUUAUUGCCAAUAAUCUAUUUUUUGGCGUCCACCUGCUGUACGUUUGGUGGAAUUAUAACCAGUCCUCCUACUUUCUCUCUAUGGCUGUUAAAGAAAGCUCAAGAGAGAUCGAAAGCGAAUAUCUUAGAUUUUAUAUAAAGAUAAAAGAACGGAUGGAAAUUCGAACUGGCAGUGGGAAAUGUGCCUCUUCUCAGUGCUUGAAAUUAUCAAAGUGAGGCAUGAAAUCGGUCCCCUCACUCAAAACUGAAAAAACUAAGUUCUGGUGGUUAGUGGCUGCUAUUAAAGUGAAGAUAUGUUUUUUCUUGUGCUUAAAAACAUGCCUUGUGUGGAGUGACUGUAUGUGUAUAGUUAAUGAAGUUGGGGUUAAGUUCUUCAUAGAAAAUCCAUUGAGCUGUUUUUUGCACAGUAGUUUAGUUCUAGUUUUUGUUUUUCUUGUUUUUUGGCCUCUCCAAUACAACGUGGAGCUCCAUUGCCUUAGACAAGCAGGAGACUUUUGGCUGGACGUCUUGGGCCGGCAGGGGCUCCACACCAGCAUUGGCAGGAUGGAGUGACGAGUGACUAUUUGGACGUAAACAACAAGGGGUCCAUGGACCCUGGACCACGUUCACAGACACUCUGAGACAUGUUAUCGAUGCAAUGCCAUACAUAAAAGUGAUACUCCAUGAUGUGCUGGGAGCACAUGGACAUGAUCUAUGAUCUGUUUGUAUGUGACACGUGUGUGUAAGGCUUUGAGAGUCUCCCGUUUGUCACUCUGUGAAUAUACAUACAUAAAAAUGUAUGUAUAUAAAAAGUUAUGCAUCUUAUCUGUACUACAGGCAAAUAAUAAAUAGAAUUUAUGCUA